GCUUAGAUCAAGUUAAAAACCACAAUUAAUAUGGCUGAAUGAAUGGGAGUUGCCUUUCUCAAAAAGCAACACCAGUACGAUUACAAAGUAGAUAAAAUAUUGAAAGCCAUGAAAUUGAUUGGACUGAACACCUUGUGGAAUGAAAAUACAUUAUAUACAUCAAUUUAAUUUCUAAGGUCUGUAAAAUAUGCAUCAGGUCGUCUCGUUAAUUAGUAGUUAGCAGUUUGAUGAAUAAUUGAGUUGAGAGUCUUGACCCUCAAGUUGAGGGACUGCUGAUGAUGGUGUGGAUAGUGAUAGCGACAGUGAAGACGAAGUGAAAACGCUUUGUUGACUAUAACUAUAACUGUCCCGUUUUUUCACGAUUGUACCCGGUGUCCCGAAAAAGUAUCUUGGGACGCCUAAAUGUCCCGUUUCUAUAACCAAAUACAUUUUGACAUUUUCAAUUUCAAAUCACUAAAACUAAAACUUCUUAAUUUAUUAUUAAAUUAUAGGCAUUUAAUGAUGUAUAGACAUUAUAGUUGUAUAAGUAGGCUAUCACUUGAAUGAAGUAAUAGUUUGGCUAGCUGUGUAGCCAGUGCCAGUAGUGAUGCGGGCUCGCGUGAUAGCUGCACUUUUCAGUCUUUUCUCCAUCCACUACUCUGCCGACGCUGCUUAAACGACAGUGUCCCUGCCAUAGAUCUUAUGUGUAUAAUUAUUUUAUAAGUGUUCACAGCAAAAUUAUUGUUUUCGUUUAUGAUAUGCCUCAGAGAUCAAAUUAAAUUUCUAAAGUGAAGUUAAAUUUUUAAAGAUUUCUCGGUCUCAAACUCAAAAUAGUUAAAAUGAGCAUAUUUCAAUAAACAGUUUCCGGCAGAGGCCCCGGACCCCUCUGUAACUGGAGGGUAUCCCCCCAAACCCUCCUUGGAUGUGUCCCGUUUUUUCCAGUUCAUGAUUUGGCACUUAGGCACUUUAGCAGAGGCAAAAGCGUGAAUUAUUUCAUUCAUAACAAACUCUCCUGCAGUGGUUCUAUGUAUACAGUAGCUAAACCCACCAAACGAUCUGGAGGCAUAUGGGAUAUGCACUGUUAAAUAAGUGUCAAAAAAGUUCUCUCUUUACUCAAAAGUGUUUUUGGGGAUGUUAGCAAUAUUCACCUACGCACUUGAAAAGGAGAAACCAAGCCAAUCCGACAUAGAUAGUCAUAUAUUCCUCUAACUCUUUGGCUUGAUUUUUCUGUUACUUUACUUUCAUCACAAAGCUCUGUUUAUUUUUUAAAUAUCAGCUGAAUCUUCAUUUUCAGAUUCUAAAGCUUAUUGAAGGCUCAUGCAAUCUUUGAAUUCAAAACUUCCUUUUUAAGAAUUUUUAUCAUAUUUCUCUAGUUUUUUUAAUGUCACGAUAAUACUAAAUAAGUUACUAAUAUUCUGCCAAUGAUUUAGCUGUCGUAAUUACUUAAACAAAGACCUCUUCUGUUCUGUAAUUCUGGACCAUCGCUAUUUUUUUCCUCCUUUUUUUAAAAAGUUGACUUUUCAAUUGAUUUUUGUUUGAAGCCUUUUGCUAAAUAUAUUAAUGUAAAACAAAAUAUAAAAUCACAAAUGAUCUUGAAAUCGAGGAUUUUUUAUUUUUGCCAUUCCCUUAGCCUCUGCACUUGGCUGAGUUUCAUGUGAUCCAUUUAGUGAAACACUAACUGAAACGUGUGCAUCACUGGGACGAACCAAGAUUUUUGCCAUCCCUUCCUAAAAAAAACUCAACGCAACCUUGUAGUUGGCAGAAAAUGACUUCCUGUAAUGUAUAGGAUAAAAUACCCCCACCCCCCUACACACACAGUUAAACCUACAGCCUCAUUUACAUAUUCUUAUAAUACAGUCCAGUGUACAUGUAUAUCUUUUGAAUUAAACAAAAAAUAUCAUAAGAAACCAAUCAAGAGUUUCAAGGAACAAAAGAUCCUCUUCAAUUUAGUACUCUACUAACUCACGUUCACUCCAUUUGCGUCAUAUAAAAAAAAAUUAUUAUUUUAUUUUUAUCUGCUGAAAUUUGCCACUAUUUGAAAAAUACCACUCAAGGUAGCUGUCUAUAUUGCCUACCUAAAACCAACACUGUACACAGUGAAUUGUCAGUCUAGUGUCUAGAAAUAAAAUCAUCAAAUGAGUAGACGUAAUACACCAAACUUGACCAGAGUCAGACUCUCCAGACUUAGACCAUCUGCAUUAGAUGUCAGUCUAGGCCUUUUAGCUUUAUAAUAUUGUCAUACAUAGGUAUGCCCUACUGGCAAUUGGAAUUUAAAUACUAAAACUGAAGAGUAGAUGAUUGAAGUGUGAAGACUCUAGACUGUGUUGUCAUAUACCCCAGUAAAUCAUCAGUGAUUAGAUUAUUCACCAAUGUCCACACUAAUGCUCCCCUCAUAAAAUGGCUUAGCUAUAAUUUAGGGUAGUGACAAAAAUAGGCUCCACUCUUCUCCUAUUUUAUAAAAUAUGAUUCUUAAAAAUAAUUAUUAUUUCAUAUAGGCCCUAGAGUCUAUAAUAUGUCAUAUGUUAUCAGAUGAUAAUCAAUAAAAAAAAAAUUUGUAAUACUUAUAUUACUCGUGAACUGAAAUUAUUAUUCUGUCAUUAUUUAAAAAGGCUAAAUCCUUUUGAUUGUAAUAUUAUACUGAUUAAUACCAACAGUCUCUUAUUAUUGUAAAUAAUUUUGACAUAUUCAACCAUAAUCAUACUAUAUCCUAUACACUAGAUGACAAUGAAACAUAAUUUGGCAUUGACGAUUAUGGGAAAUUAGCCACAUAUUGCCAAAAUGAAAUCAGACCCUUAUCAGUAACUUGACAAGCAACCAGCCCUGGCAAGAAAUUUGCCAUUGAUUAGUGUAUUGUUAACUUGACAUUUUCCUCUUGUUCUUGACUGGUGAAGCAGUUUUCAAGUAACUGGGCAUUUACACAUGUUUCAGGGGUAUUUUAUUUAUCACAUACCAGGCCAAAGUUUUAACUAAACAAUCAUAAAUGUAUGUCUUUUUGGGUGAGAGUUAAGGUCAUCUAUUGGUAGUCCAUGAUUAGUCAGUUCUAAAUAGUUAGGUUGUCUUAUUUAGAAAAAAAUAUCUUGCGCAGUGGUUCAAUAGGUAAUACUUUUUUGGCCGCCAGGUUUUAAAUCAAUUUAUAUCUCAGGAAAUGACAAUGCAAUUGUAUAAAUAAAUAAAUAUUUUAAAAAACUACACAUCUUUUAAUUUUAAAAAUUUAUACUACUUUAUCUAAAACAGUCUUAAGUAAAGCUUCUGCUGACAUGGUCUCCAUCAGCUAUGCCGCUAGUUAAUGGUUUAAUGUAUUUCUAUCCUAGUUAAGACCAUGGUAAAUAGGCCCUUAUACACACAUUCUUCAAAUUUGAUCAGCACUCUCACAAUUAAGUCAUUUGCUUAAUGUUGAAGGGAUUAAAAAAUAAACACUAAAAUAUAUCAUGUUAAUCCUAGGGUACAAUCUAAGCCUAUGUCUUACAUAAAAGAACCCAUGUGACAUAUCACGCUAUAUGUCUUUGUUUUUCUCCUUGAGCUAGGACAUUAGUUAAGUUAUUCAGUAAGUAUUUACAGCAAACAGUUAUUUAAUCAUUUUGUUCCCGUUUCUUUCUAGAUGGCUGCACCCAACAAUACACUACUCUGGCUUUUACUAGGAAUCUGUUUAAUUUUUAUAUCUUUUGGUGGAUUUGCAAUUUUACUCCUGCUGUAUUCAUUGGCAUUUAUUUCAGGGUAAGUAUACAUUUUUUUUUAAUAGAUUUAAAAAAAAAUAAUAAUUAAAUAACCAAGGAAAGAGCUAUGUGACUCAUCAUAUCAUUUAUUUUUAAUUCCAGAGCAUUGUUAAUUGUUUACAAUUUUGGUAAACAAGCCAUUGACAUAGAUGUUGCUGAGACAUCUUUAGUAGUUGGCCAGUUUGGUCAUGGUGGCAUUGAAAAGGUAAAUUUUGCUUUUUUUAAUCAAUAUCCAAUUCCAUGGUCUCUUUUUUAUUUACAGUAUAAAAAGUAUUAUCUUAUAAUAACUCUCUGUCCUCAAUUAAGUUGUGAUUUAUAGCAGUCUUUAGAUUUUAUCAUCAGUAAACCUUGCUUUUAAAAGCUAAUUUUUUAUAGCUUUUUGUGGUGAAAGUGGCACUUAGCAAAUCAGCUAACCUAAAAAACGCAUUAUUAAAUUAUCUACAAAAAGUUUAAACUUUAACUAUGAAUAAUAAAAAAAAAAACUAAUUAGAAAGUACAUAUUUCUUUCUUUACAAUUGAAUUCACAGUUUAAAAAUCUUAAUUAAAAGCUAUGUAACAGACCCACUGAUGGAAAAAAAUUGUUAGAAUUCAUACUUGUCUCUAGUUUUCUUUAACUUCAUCAAUUUUUAGCAAUUUUGAGAAUUUAAUUCCAUAGAUAACGCCUUAUCUAAUUAAUAUUGCUUGAAGGUUGUUGUUUUUAAAAAUAAAUAUUAUUUUUAUAUAUUUUUCCCCUUGACUUUUUAACUUGGUAAUUGCUUAAUUUAUGGGUUUUUUCAUAAUAAACAUCUUCACUUUGUACAGGUAAAGGAAUCCAUGGAGCCAACCACUAAAAUAAAAAACUUUGAUAAACGUAUGACUGGUGCAAGUGUAAUUGAUGAUGUCUUAAAGGAGGUAUUAUUUUUUCUUAAUUCAGUUUAGGGAAGUGUGGGCGAGGAGGGGGGGGGGGGGGGAAAAAAUCCCUUUUUUUUUUCUUUAGGGCUUCAUUCAAUGUAUGAACCAUCACUAAAGCAAAGCCUCUGACUACAAAAUAAAUGUAAAAGUCGAUAUAUAUUUUUAAAUUGCAGACACACCUGUUUUUAUUCCAAGAAAGCAAGCAGUUUAGACAACCACUGAGACAGUCUUUAAUAGCUUCAGAAUUUAUCACAUUUUUUUUUAUACAGAGGAUAUUUAAGAACGGUUUAUUUUUUUUUUUUUGCAGUACUAUCCAAAAGGGCAUUAAAAUUGGUUAUUCAGUAAAGUUUAUUUGAUAUUGUAUAAAAAGAAAUUUGUUUCUUGAUUUGUAUUUACAGAACUUCUUGUUUUAACUUAUUUUAGUAUAACCUAAGGGUGACUGGUUUAUUUAUAUUUUUUUCAGGUUUUGGAAUAUGUAGUAAAGGAUUACAUUAAAACCUGGUAUCGACAAAUAAGUGACCAUGAUAGUUUUCUUGUUGACAUAUGGCAGUGCGCUCAGAAAGUGAUCAUUACAUUUUCAAAUAGGUAUGUUAGGAUGUUGAAAAAAAAAAUUAAAGCUCUAGAGAUUGUGUUUUAUCUGGCUGGUACCAGCCCAGAUUAUUUAGUAUUGAUUUUUGCCAAGUCUGGUUAACCUUUACUAUUAUACAGGGGCUAACUUUGGAAAUAAAUGGUACUCAAAUUCUGAGAUUUAAAAUACUAUGUGUCCUCUAAUACAGGUCAACAAUUUUAUGUUUUAAGAUUUUUAUUAAACUUAUUUGUUUUCUUCCUAAUAGAUCAAAAGAGAUAGACUGGAUGCCAUAUUUUACUCAACGACUUGUGGAUGACUUUGCAUCUCACAUUCGACUAUACCGCAGGGCAGCAGAAAAGACAACAGUAUCAAAAAUUGAAGGUGUGAAAUUUUUUCUCUUAACAUUACAAUAGAAUUUGCUUCUACUAAGUUAGUAAUUGCAAGUGUAAGAACCUAAUAGUCCGCCAUUUGUGGGGGUGAGGCAUGGCAUGUAUUGUUUUUACUUUUACCAGAAUUUGAUUCCUGUCUUCCAGAAUGCUUUCUUUAUCAGUCAUAGGGACUGUGUCAUCCACAAUAAUACAUGAAAACUUAAAGAUGACAGAAUUAAUUUUUUAUUUAAUGAAAUUUCCUUCAAUUAAUUCUUUUUAAGUGUGUUCUACUCCCAUUGAAUGAAGUGACAAAUAAUUCUCCUUUGUGCAGAACUAAAUCAGAAUAGUUUUUCAUGGUAGCCUUGCCAAAAUUUCUUCUCUAAAUGUCUUUUCAACCAGAUAAUGCUGGUGCCCUUGAGAGUGCAUUCUUUGAUAUGGAAGUAGAGAUGGAAAAUAACAUGUGUAGAGAUUUAGUGUGUUUAGAUCCAGAGGCUGAAAGGCGUAAGUCAACAAAUAUAUCUUUAUGCAACUUUUGUUCUAGAUUUUCACUGCAUACAUUUUUUAUUAAUAACAAAAUAAUAUUCUUGUUUAAAUAAAACAAAACGAUUAAAAUAAGAUAGUCAAAGGAAAUAAAAUCUUGUUUUUUUUAUACGAGUUCUAAAAAAAAUUAUAUUAUUAAAAUUAUGUUCCAGAAUAUUUACAAGACCUCAGUGAAGUGUUAUUAUAUUUAUUGUUGCCCAAGGAGGAUUUCCACAAUAAACCAUUUCGAUACAUCGUUCGUGUAAGUAUCUAUGCAGGAAAUGCAAAAGGAAUCAUUAAAUAAUUUUACUGAAGAGCAUCAUUGUUUUGAAAGAAAUUCACUUUCUGUACAUAAAAACCCUUUGAAGUAAAUUGGCAUGUGUUUAAACUGUACACAUAUGUCAGGGUCCAUUUGUCCUAAAUCUUUUUUCCAUAAGUGGUUAUUGUUUUUUUUUUACUUUGUUUUUUUUUUUUCAAGUUCAGGCAUUUAUUUUGGCAGCUGUAACUUAACUUUUAAAACUACUACUCAUUAAUAAAAACCCUUUGAAGUAAAUUGGCAUGUGUUUAAACUGUAAAAAUAUGUCAGGUUCUAUUUGUCCUAAAUUUUUUUUCCAUAAGUGGUUAUUGUUUUUUUUUUACUUUGUUUUUUUUUUUUCAAGUUCAGGCAUUUAUUCUGGCAGCUGUAACUUAACUUUUAAAACUACUACUCAUUGUGUAGACUGACACAUUUUAUGGUUGAGGGAUUUUACUCAGAGGUUACCUCCUCCCCAAGAUUAGCUGCAUUACUCAUUCUAUUUCAUACCAGCGUUAAACCCCCCAAAAAAAAUUCAAACCGUUACGUCUUGGAUGAGAUCAAGCUUAAGAACAUGUUUUAAAUUUUAUAAAUCUUUAAAUGAUCCUUGUGAAUUUAAAUUUAAGGUGGAUGGUCAUAGUUUGUUUCCCUUUACGUUUUUAUCUUUCUUACGUUUUAGACCUAACAUUAGAAUAUUCCAUAUAUUCCAAUUGUAUACCUUGUAUGAAUGUUCAUUUGUGCACUUACCUUAGCCAUGCUUAUUUAUUAAUUAAUUUUUUUAUUAUAUGCCUUAUGUUCCCAGGAAGUUCUAGUCAAUGGUAUAUUCCUUCCAACUAUAGAUUUGUUGUCAGACCCUGACUACAUUAACCAGUACAUGGCUUGGAUGGUAGGUAAAUCUGCAUCACUUGUACACAUUUUGGAAUAGUUAUACAAAUUAUAUAGAGAACCAUUUUGUUAAAUUUACCAAUUUAAAACCUUUGACUUUAUUUUCAACUGGGGUUUUACAUUAUUAUUAGUAUGGUUAAUUUCAUCAUUUAAAUGAGCUAUAAUAAUAGUGUUGUAUUUGAUAUAUUGUACUACAGUGUUAUGAGACUUCAUUUACUCGCGAGACUUUUUUGACUGUGAUACGCUCUAGUGACUCAAUGGAAGAGUUAGAGGCUGUUAGAGAUAUGGUUGAUAGUGAUAUUGCCAAAUGGCGCUCCAAAGACACUGGAGGUAGUGAUGGUAGGUUAUUCUAUGGCAAUAUUCAUUUUUUAAAUUAUAGGCUUUGUUAUUAAAAUAUCUAUUUAUGGUAUAUUUAUUUACAUGUAAUUACAUUGUAUAAAUAAGUUAUUUUGAUAUAACAUUUAAAAUGAUUUUUUUUUUUUUUUUUAAAUUUUUUUUACACAUGUCCUUUGUUUAGCUGAAAUAAAAAAAAAAAUCUUUAUUGAUUUCUUUUUUGUUUAAAACUAAAAUAUUUAUUUCACGGGAAGUUUUAAAAGAAAUAAUUUAUUUAGUUAUUUUGAUAUAACAUUUAAAAUGAUUUUUUUUUUUUUUUUUAAAUAUAUUUGACACAUGUCCUUUGUGUAGCUGAGAUAAAGAAAAGAAUCUGUAUUGAUUUCUUUGUUGUGUAAAACUAAAAUAUGUAUUUCACGGGAAGAUUUACAAGAAAUAAUUUAUUUUAGCUUUAUUGUUUGAAAGAGCAGUCAUUGCCAUAUCUUUAAGCUAAAAAUGAUUAAAUAUUAUACCUUCAUCUUUUCAACCAAUACCAAUCACAUAUGGAUUCCUUAUCUUAAAAAAAAAAAUUAAAUUGCGCACAUUUUAUUUUCACCUUGCAGACACUGCCAUAAAACAAAAUCUGAACAGCUUGAUGUUUCUCCGUGACACCUGUGACAUGAGAAUUCGUAGGCUCAAAAGUGGCAUUGGCUCUCAUGAGCAGUUAAUUGAAGUAAGAACAAUUAAAAUCAGUCUUGAAUCACUUCUUUUGACUUGAAAGCACAUACUUUUUUUAAACAACUGUUUCACAAACCUUGUUAACAAAGUAAACUUUGUUAGAUUUUACUUUGUUAGAUUUAUUAUUUAAGUAUUGUGUCCUAAAAGAAGGGAAUCAAAGCUUUAAAAUUGAAUUAAAAUCUGAUAAUAUUUUGUGUUAAACUGUAAGUUUUAAUUCAAAUUUUUUUUUGGUAACUUUAUAAACCUUGUCAUUUUCAUUUUCCUCAAGGGGCCAGAUAAUUUACGGUACAAUAGUUUGUAUGUAUUAACCUUGGAUGAAAUUUUCAAUAACAACGUGGCUCUGCAGGCUUUCAUUGGUAGGUUUAUUUUAGAUUUGUUUUUUUAAUGUUACAAGUUUAUUUUUAAAUUAAUAAAAUUUAUGAAGCAGCCUUUAAACUGUGUUGGGGGUGGGGGGAUAUUGGGUUUACCAAGAACAAUAGGAGUAAUACAAUAACUAUUAUUUUAUAAAUAUUGUCAAAUGAAAUAUUUUACUUCUUUUAUUCCUGGAAGACAUGAAAAUAAAAUUUUAACUUUAAAUGUCUUCCUUUUUUUAAAUAUUGUUUUAUUUUUAUUAAAACAUAGAACACUUGUUAGAAUUUUUUCCAUAUUUUUGUUCCUACAGAAUACAUGAAUAAUAGAGGUGGUCAACAAUAUUUGUUCUUUUAUUUAAAUGUUGAGGUAGGUACCUGUUAAAAUGAACAUGGCAAAAUGGUUAAAUUUCCAUCGAAAGCAUGUACUGGUAACAUUUAAAUUGUUUACACAUAGCUUUAUUUUAAUGCAUCAGGUGAUAACAUUGUUUAAGAUUAUUUUAUCUUUUCAUAUUUGUAGUGAAGUUAACAUAUAAUAAUUUUAAUAAAGUUUAAUUUUCACUACAUGUAUUAUGAAUUAAUCACUGAUUUCUUUUAAAUAGGGUUUCAGGGCUGCUGCAGAGCAACAGAUAUCAGAAAUGCAGAAACUAACUCUAUCUUCUGUCACUGCAGCUGAGCCAGAUUUAGAAUCUCUGCGAAGAGCUGCAAAAAUUAUAUUUGAUCAAUACUUAUCAGAAAAGGUUAAUGAAAUGUAAUUUUUACAUUAUUAGUGCACACCAUCCAUCUUUAAUUUUAUUCUAGAAAUAUCUCUUAUGUAUUACUCCUAAAAGAAAGCACAUUUUAUUUUAGCACCUCUGUUUUCACUGCUUAAACUUAACUUGUCAAUUUUUUAUUGCAGGCAUCUUCAAGACUCAAAAUUGAGCCUCAGUACAUCAAGUACACUGUCGCAAAAAUGAAAAACAAAAUGUUAUCUGAAGAUAUUUUUGAUAUUGUGCAGGCCAGGGUAAGUCUGACAAUGUGUUUUAAAAAAAUAUUUUAAAAAUUGAUUUAAUAUUUUUUUAUUGUCAUUUCAACAAUCCAACAAGACUUUUCUUCAUAAAUUUUUAUUAGCUUAUUUGAAAAUGCCCUUCUAUUUUAUUGGCCUAUAUGAAAAUGCCCUUCUAUUGACAACACCAAAGAAAACUAACAUAAAUUAAUAAGCUCAAAUACCAGAUUUAUAAGGACACAGAUCCUCCACAUAGAAAUUUGUUACUCAUAACUAUUGGCAUUUCUGAUAUGUUGGGAAGUGGAGAAGUUUGCACAAAUAUGUGCUACAAAUUCUUUCCAAGAUGAUUGGCAGACUAGGCCAUUUAGAGACAGGUCUGAGGGUUUCCUUAGUGGAAGUUGCCUCUGUAUGUCCUUGUUUUCACUGAUGAGCACUGUCAGGGUGGAACCGAGUCCUGUCAGGUUGGUCUUUGUGGCAAUAACUAUGUUGCACAGGAAACCACAUCUUGACUGGAAGAGUUUUGGUGGAUAAAAACCAUGCAGCUAAGACAGCCAUGGUUCCUUAAGUUAAAUAAAAUAUGUGGUAAAUCUGAAGUGGAGUGUCAUGGGGAAAACAUCAGCCAGGUUACAUCUCUUGAAGCCCAUUAGGAACCACAUAUCUUGCCUAUUUGUCCUCAUGAAGAUAAGAAUAGCUCAAGAUCCUAAUAAUCAGAUACCCUAAAAAAAAUGUUUAAAAGGAGCAAGCUUGUCCAUCUGCUCUCAAACUCUAUGUGCCAAGUUUGUGUGUAUUAUUAGCAGUGUGUAAAUGCUUAAGUAAAACCAUAUUUCAGGUUUAUCAAAUCCUCCACUGUGAGUACUAUGAAGAUUUUUUGCAAAGUCCAGCCUACAUGAAGCUUCUGGGAGAACUUGGUCUACUCCAUAACAAAGGGGAGGACGGGGACAACCUCAGCAUGGAGGAUGGUAAUGAUAAGUUGUUAUCUUGUCUUCACAUUAAUUGCUAGGCAUUAAAAUAUUCAAAUGUGUUUUAUGGUAGUCAGAUUUGUUGAACAUUUUUGUGUUUGCAGGUAAUAUGAUAAUUUCUAGAUUAAAGUAGGCCUUUAAAGGCUUUACUGAGGAAAGCUCCCUAUAAAUGGGAAUUAAUUAGAAAUUAUGUUACGAACUCGGUUCUACCCUAAGGUUUGAUGGCUUCGUUCUGGCUAGGGGUUUUAAUAACUACACAAACUAUAAUUCUUACAUUAAAUAUCUUUAUUAAUGAACUAAUUCUUCAACUUCCAUUACUGUACUCAAAGACCACACUACUCAAUAACAAUGAUACAUCAUAUCCCCUUUCACCCAAUACGUCACAAGAUACUAAGAAUAAUAGAUAAAACGACACACAUAAUCUCUUAAAAAAACACACAAUCACACAAUACAUUCAAGUCUUUAACAACUUAACUCAAACAAGUUCAAACUCAAUGUUUAUGUCGGGAAGAAUUUUUAAAGAUUUAUCUAAAUAAUCUUAAUUUAUCUAAAUAAACAAUCUAAAUAAGAGUUACCUGAAAAGUAACUUUGAAACUUUCUAGAAAUUUUAAUAUUAUGGUACACAUUGCAUAGCAAUUUAUAAAGUUUUUUUUACAGCAAAAGUAAGUUUGUCAGUGGAUUGACACUGACUCUCAGCUGGAAUCCUUACUUUGACAUGUAGUAUUGCCUCUUUUGGGAGUAGAGUGGACCACAUCUACUCCCAAAAAUAUUUUUUUAAAAAUUAAACCCAUUGAUCUUUUAAUUAAUAAAGUUACUGUUAAUUUACAGUUACCCAUACAACGUCUGUUUGUUCAGUAUAGCAUAGACUUACCACAAGUAUUUUUAUUUACUUUUUCAGUUCCAAGAAUUUUGUGGUUUAAAGUAGGUAGUCUUUCAGGUCAAAUAGAAGCAUGAAAAAUGUAGAUGAAUUGCUGAUUCUUUUUUUUUUUACUGAUUGCUUAGCCAUCUUCAUUUGCUUUCACUGUAAAUACAUAGCUCAAAUUGUAGUGAGAGUGGGCUUCAGUGAUGCCUUUAUUUCCAUCAGUUAAAAUCAAAUGUGCAAGACACACAUGACUUGCAUGAAGAAUGAUUAGGUUUGCUUGUCAGUAGGACAACCACAUGUAGAGCACAUGAGCCUUAACCCAUUUAAAUUAGUCUUGGGACCAGGUCUAUUCUGUUAAAAGGUUUGUACAUAUUUUCAAAUCAUACCCUGACAAACAAGCUAGCUUUGCAUAACAGUGUUAAUGAGACUACUGCUUUAUGUAUUGGUCAAGACUGCUAAACUGAUAACAUAAAUUUAUUUUUUUUUAAUUUGCUUUCAUUUAAAAACCAGAUUUUAAUCUGUUUUAUUCCUCUUUGAAUCAUGAAUUCCUCAAAUUAUGUGUUAAUAAUUUUUCAUAAAAGACUAUGAACUUUAAAAACACAUUCUUUGACUGCACCAAAAAAGCCAAUAAUCAGUGUUAAAAUAAAUUGGGAUAAAAAGAUAUAUUAUACUGUUGCAGUUUAACACAUAUGUGAAGUUAAACGGGUUGUGAAAAAAAAGGAUUUUUUUUUAAAAAAAUCACAGUAUUCUUUAGAUAUAUUUCCAUUGAAUUCAGCUUUGGGCUUAAUGUUUACUAAAACAUUUUUUUUGGUCCACUUUAGCAUUUAUUUUAAUCCUAACAUUUUCAAGCAUUUCUAUAUCCAAAAAAUACUAUAAGAAUUCUUGUUCUGUUUUCUUCUUUUACAUUCAAUUCCCUGGCUUAUUAUAGUUUUAAAAGUUUAUUUUGGGUAACCAGUUCUUAUAUUUUCUAAACCACCUGCAUGAUAAACAGUGCUCUGAGCUUGGACUGCCUCCUUUUAUUUUUUUUUCUUCUUCUCACUUUCCACUGUUUAGAUGGAAGUGCUCCAACUGGGUCAGAGUGUUCUUUGGGAAGUGUAAGUUAUUUGUGCUGACUAAUUUAUUAAUGAAAAUGUCAGUUCAUUUUUUGUUAUGAAGAUAAUGCAAAAGCUCCCUUUUUUUUCUUUUUUUUUUUUUUUUAAGGAAGUUAAUUAAAUAAAAUUUUAAACACUUACAGAACUAGAAAUCAAGGAUGUUGUUUUUUUUAAUUUAAUUUUUUUUUUUUUUUUUUUUUUUUAUUUAAUUCAAAAACUUCUUUUUUUUUUUUUUUUUUUUUUUUUUAAGGAAGUUAAUUAAAUAAAAUUUUAAACACUUACAGAACUAGAAAUCAAGGAUGUUGUUUUUUUUAAAUCUAAAUAAUAUUUAAUUUGUUUUACCAUUUUACAUAACCACAAGAAGAAAUAUGUGUAAAACUUUUUUUUAAAAAUAAAGCUGGCAUUUCUGCUCUGCUUAUUGAUGUUGCAUUUUCUCUAUAUUUGUUUACUUUUGGGAUGCAAUGGUUGCCUAUUUCUAUUUGUUCAAAGCUAUAAAGAUUUCAAAAAUGCUAUGCCAUUUUAUAUCUAGAAAACAUUUUUGUGUAAAAUGAUAUUUACUAGUUAAGUAGGCUCAAGUUAUUGUCACUUCAGACAUUAUCAUUAUUUCUUAGGAAGGAGUUGAAUUCUUUUGUUUCCUUUAUUUGCUAAUCCCUCUGAUGACUGCAAAAAUUGUCCAAUUGUCUAUCUGUUAACAAGUACAGUAGAGCGCAGAUUAUCCUUGCUAAUUUGGAAUAGGUGGAGGUUCGGAUAACCCUUUUUUUGUUUAAUAACCAAAGGUUGCAUUAAAGAAGUUAGUGCAUUAAAAACAAUAAAUUCUUAAAUUUAUAAUUUGUUGUUCCAUAUUGUACAGUAAAUUAUGCACAGCAAUCAUCAAUUUUUACAUUGUUUCAAAUUUGUAAUUCUUACAUUCGCUGCCAAGUCCCUAAACCUUUUCAAAAGCAGAAGUUGCUUUGAGCAACACUACACUACUUUGUGGUUCACACCCAGCAUUGACAUUUUGGAAUGUAGAAAAGGCCUCAGCAUGUGUGGGGUUUUUGUUUACCUUUUCACCGCAUACUUCUUCAUCUGUUGCACUUCCAGCAACGGCUUCUGCUUUCAGGUGGUCCACAUUUUUGUCUUUAGUUAAAAUCCUUGGUCACCGAUGUCAGUUUCCAGAUACUCAUUGACAUUGUAUUUAUCACAUUCUUUGAAUCCAGGAAGGCUUUCGAUAAAGUUUGAAACAUCCUGGAAUAUUUUUUACAGUUCUUUUUCCUGAAUCUGUUCAUCUUCUUGGGGGUCUGCUGGAAAGGGCCAAUGCUCUUCCAUGCAUGAAUCACAUUCUGUUCAGUCAGUGAGUCCACUGCAUCUGCUAACAUAUAGUAGGCAUCCUUAAGAUUAAGCUUAAUGCUCUGUGCCAUGCAAAUGAUGUAAGAUAUUAAUUUUAAAAAGGCAGGGGCGUUUUGGAUUGCUGGUCUUCAGUAUUAUUGGCAUUCGGAUUAUCGGUGUUCUACUGUAGGAAGUUUUUUAUAGUUCAUUUCUGUAAAAAUGAAUUCAGACAUGUAAAUAUAAUGUCCACUUUUUUAGAUUUGCAUUUGGUUAAAAGUGCUUAUUUAUUCUUGAUUUUUUUUCUAAGGGUUUAAAACUUAAUAAUAAUUAUUUUGCAAGAUAAGGUAAAAAUUAAUUAAAAGACAGUUCAUUGCCCUGGUAUAGUAUUACCAAGAAUAUAAUUUAAAAACAAGCGUGCUUUAUUUGAAGUGAAAUGCAUAUCCUCUUUGACAAAUCAUCAAAAUAUUUAUAAGACUAUUUUUGAUAUAAUAAAAUAGAAUCAAGUCUAGAAAAUUACACCCUGGCUAGUAACAUGAAAAGGUUUUUUUUCCUCUUAGGCUGAAGAUUUGUUGGAUACUCAAUUUGAAGACAUGGGAUCUGACACUGUCUCCAUUGGAUCUGGUUCAUCAGCUACUUCAGCGGGAUCUCCAUCGGGGGAUUCCUAUAUACAUGCUCAGAUCACACAUUCAGGUAAGGUACUGAAAGUUUUGGAGGGGAAAAAAAUGGCUCUAAAGAGAUAUUAAAUAAUGGUGGCAGUAGUCAUUUAGAGAUGCUUCUAUGAUGACUAGCUUGGUGCCAUUUUACAGGCUGUCCAGGACAUUAUCAUAAAAUUUCCAUUUUUAUAACUUAAAAUAAGUUGAAUAAAAUUUUAAUUUACCCAUAGCUUUUAAAAAUUUCAUAUUCUUCCUUAAUCUGGCUAUUUUAAAAGGAGUUAUAAAAGAACCAGAGACGGGGAAGUCAUAUGCUGUGUUCGCUAUCACUGUACAUAAAAAAGAUCCCUACUCAGAUGAAGAGGAUGUGUGGGAUGUUUACAGGAGGUAUAGUGACUUCCAUGACCUCCACAUGAUACUGACAGAGAAGGUAAAGGAAAAUAGAUUUUAAAAUGUCUCUGUCUUUCUGUAUAUCUUCAACACUUUGAAUAAUGAGUUCAUUCUUUUAAAAUAGUGUUUCUAGACAGGUUAUCUCUCUCUAUCUGAAAUCGACUUAUUUUAACAACUUAUUUUGCCUACAAACAAGUUGUUUAGAGUUGUUGCUUUUUGAUGAUAUUGUUAAUUUAUGUUACAACUUAUAGAAUUUUCUUUAUUGUUUUUCUCAUGUUAAGUGAAUUUGGAAAUGAAUGUCUUUUGUUGUUAGUAAAUAAUGAUGAGUUAUGUAAUGAUUUAUAACUUAAAACAAAAAAAAAAUAUUUUUUACCAUUAAAUAAUGAAUUUUCGUCUCAUUUAAAUUUUAUAUUAAAAUAGCUCAAGAAAUAAAUUGAUUAGUCCAUAAAAGAUUGGCGUGAAUGACUUAAAUCAUGUUGUAAACAUUCAAAUACCAACAACUUUAACUUUGAUCUGCAUCUAGUUUCCAGAAAUUUCAAUUCCUGUCCUGCCUAGCAAGACAGUACUUAAAAAUAUGAGUCAAAAUUUCCUGGAGAAGCGAAGAAAGGAUCUUGACAAGUACCUUAAAGUAGGUAGUCGUUCUCUGAUACAAACUUGUUUCAGAUCUGGUUGUCACUCUAAUAUAGUUAUUACAGGUAAAUGUACCAAGAGCAAAGGUUAAACUCAGUUAUUUUAUCAAUCAUUAUUUUUAUUUAGAUUUCUGUAUUUUUUUUAUUUUAUGUUCAGGUGUUUGUUUCUUCAUUUUACCAACAGUUAAUUGCAUAAAAACAGGAUAAGUCAUGGUUGCUUUUUGCAUUGAUUCGCAGAUCUAGAAAUAACAGUUUUGCAAUAAAUUGUUGUCUACUAAUCAGUGUAAUAAAUAUGCAAUGUCUUUCAUUAUGCAGCUUUGACUGAGUUUUGUUACCAGAUUUUUAUGUAAUUCUACCCUUCUAUAUGGUCUGUCUGUCUGUCUGCCGCCCGGCCCAUCACAAUGCCACACCUCGCCCCCCGCUCCCACAACACAUAUACCAUUUAAAAAAAAAAUUUUAAUAUACAUGUGCUCCCAUACAAUGAAAGCUCAAAUAUAAAAAAAAUAGUUGCAAAUCUAUGCUCUCAAGAUUUUAAUAUCAUCACAUAUGAUGGUCUUUUUGAAAAUAAUGACAGCAAUGGAAAGGAAAUGUACACCUUGUAAAGGAAAUUGAUGUACAUUUAAUGAAAAAUUUAGUGUCAUUUAUAUUGAAACUUCAAAUAUACAUAAUUCGUUUGGAAACUGUUUUUGUGAAAUGAAAACAAUUAGUUUUAUAUUAUAAAGAAUUUUAAAUCUGAAUGAUUUAAAGGGAAGAUUAUUUUUUCAUUUUUGAUCCAUAGGUUUUAAUGAAGCCAGAAUUGCUGCAGAAUAUAUCAGGACUUGAAGAACUGAUGAAUCAGUUUCUUCAUACUGGCAUUUGGGAAAAACAUAAAUCUGAAUUUUCCAGAAAAGUAAGUAGAUUUUAUAAAACAAAAUCUCAAAGGUACAUCAUAAAAAAAAAAUCAACUUUUAAAUAAAAGUAUAAUCAUUCAUGAUAUCUUUGAGAUAUUAGCAUUCAGGCACUAUUAAGAGAUUAUAGGAUGGAGGGAAAAAAAGAAUAAAAAGUAAACUAUCACAAAAUAUGAUAUUUUUUAUAGAUGGACACCAUAGUGCAUCCACUGAAAAGCGCAUCCAAAAGUAUGGGCAAUGUUGUUAAAAGUGUUCCAGAUGGUGUAUCUCGUAUAGGAGAUGGCCUUGGAAAAGUGUUUACCCAAAAAAGUGUAAGUGUUGAUUACACUAAGCAUAAAUGCCCACUGAUGAAUUUGGCUUAGUUAAUUUUAAAUAUUGGGGAUUUCCCACACAUCUUUCAAAGGGUUAAAGUGUAAAGAAAGAAAUUUUGUUUGCAGUUAUAUUAAAUAAAUAGCUGUUCUGACAAAACAAAUAUGAUGGCAGAUAUAUUUACUUUGUGGCCAUUUGUAAAUAACCCAUGGGGAGUGGGUGUUUGGAAUUUGGGACAAUGAAUGAUCAGGGACUCUAACCUCUGUCUAAAUUGUGGUGUAAGGGUAGGGUGGGGGUGGGUUAAAAAUGGGACAUAAUAGUGUGACCUUAUUUAUGGAUGCCCACUUCAAUAAUGUAAAAAUAUCUUUCUAGAUGGAUCAAAACAAAACCAGAGAAACGAUGAAUCAGCUGAAAGUGGGAGCAGGCUUAGAUCCUGAGGUUAGUUAGGAGACUUUUUUUUAAUAUUACUUUUAGAAACACGGCUAGGAUGGAUGAGGAAUUUUAUUUAACUCUCAUGACUUAUUUGACAAGUGUUAAGACUUUCCCCCAGCAUUUAAAUAGCCAAGAAAAGCAUUAAUGUGUCUUUUUUUAAUUCCUAAUUAAGAUUUCUAUUGAUGGAUUUGAGAUUAUACUUUUAAGGGUUGUUAAAUGUUUUUCCACCAGACUAAUUAUUACAGCAUAAUAACCAUUGUGGCAAUCCUUUUUACUUGUACCUUUCAGGCAGGAGAGAACAUUCCACUCCGCAUCAUGCUUCUAAUGAUGGAUGAAGUGUUUGAUCUCAGACACAAAAAUCAGUGGUUGAGGCGAAGAAUUGUAGCCAUUUUACGGCAACUUAUAAAGGCAACUUUUGGCGACAAGAUCAAUAGGUAACCAUCUUUGUUUUUACCACUACUGGUUCUAACCAUGAUGGGUUUAUUAAAUAGCCCUAAUGUAUAAAUACUAUUACAUUUAUUGAACUGUAUCAAUAUACUAAAAAUAAAUUAGUUUCAAUUAAGACAUUUUAAAUAUAAUCCUACAUUAUGAAAUUAUAUUUUUUAAAACUUCAAUUGAAAUUUUUUUUAAACAAAUUUGAUUAAACUGCCAUCUCAGAGUUGUUUAAAUUGUCAUCUCAAUAUAUAUACACAUCAUGCACCAACAGUAACAGUACUGAAACUCCUGCAUCAUGUACGCUUAUUAAUGUUUGUCAAUGGUGCAUCAAUCCAACUGCUACGUAUUCCUAGACCCAUUGACAACAACAAAUGCCCAACAUAUCUGCCAUUUUCAACACUACUAGGAAUAUGUGGUGGUUGGACCAAUGCCCAGUUGACAAACGCAUAUAUCUGCACAAGGGGGGGGGGGGGGGGGGCAGAUUUCAGUACUGAUACUUUUAGCACAUACUGUAUAUGUUUUGAACAACUUGCCUUGUUUUGAGUUAAGCAUGAAAUUUUAAAUCGUCAUGUAAAUAGACAUUUUCAUCAAGUAUGUGAAGUUAUUUGGAAUUAUGUUUGAAAUAGUAUAUUUUUAUUUCUCAUAAUUGUUUAUCUUCUCAGAAAAAUAGUUGAGCAUGUGGACUUUAUGACUUCUGCCGAGCAAAUGGCUGAAUACAUGAUGGCCUUCAGGUAAGUCCUGAGAAUCAAAACGUCAUGUCAAACAAAGCUAUUGAUUUGCAAGUUUUUGUACUUUUUACCAUGGGCUUUUGCCUAUUUUAAGUUUGUUGAUAAAUGAUAUUAUUAAUGACAGCAGUUUAAAAAAUUUAAUAAGCAAAUGGAUAUGCUUUAAAAUUAUGAUUUUUACCCAAGAUUAGUCUUCUCUGGCUCCUGUGUUGUACGGUGCAUGUUGGCAACAGAACAAUGAACAUAUGAACUAUGUAUUUUGUGAAGCUCGGAGUGGGCCCUGCAUAUUUCCAGUUUCAGAAGGGCAAAUGUGAGGACUUGUAUAUGAAUAAAUGAGUUUGUUCGAGUGAGUGAUUGAGAAUAUCAACAGUAUAACAAUAACAUGGUGAAAAUGAAAUGCUAAAAUUCAGUUUGUUUUCUUUUUAAGGAAUUCCUUCUGGCCGAAUGGAGUGCUAGCAGAGCCACGUGUAACUAGGGAUGAAUCAACAAAAAUGAGAACGAGAGUCUUGUGUAAAGCCAAAAUGUUGGGCAGUGUUCCUGGUAGGCAUGGUUUUAUUAUAAUGUGAAUACUUUUAUUCAAUGAUUUCUGCACAAUUGCUUUUACUUUUCAUUUUAAUUUAACCCUCAAACUGUGGUCGACUGACAAAAUCGGCCGAUAUUCUCGUUCUGUGCUGUGGCGGCCGAAAAAAUCUGCUGAUUAAAAACACAGUCUGACACCAACUUCCAAUCUAAUAUUUAACCGAAAUCAUAGCCACUUCCUUUUAUUAAUAAUUAAAUCAACUUCCGGGUCAAGCUGUUUCUUGAUAACUUAACAAUAAGUACUUUUUAAUCAGAAUUUAUAUCGCUGUUUUUUUUAAAGCUAAAAUGGCGGAAGCUUUGACCGGGCCUUUAGUACGAGAACUAAUAUAAAUAUUGUUGAAAGCUUUUUAGGAGAGGAUUUAAGUGAUACUGAUGAUGAUUUUAACAUUCGCCAUGACAUCUCACUUCAGAUUCUUCUUUUCGUGAAUCUGAUACUAGUCUUAGUGAUACUGAAGUAGGCCUACUGUGGCUACUGUUUGACUUCGAGCCAGGCCCGGAGGUUGGGCAAGGACUGACUGAAUUUUAGUCACAGAAGCUACAGAUUAUAGAUCAGAACUAAUAAAUUUUAAAGUUUAACAACCCACAUCAGGUCCUCGGUUCUUUUUUAAAUGUUUACUAGUCAAUAAUAACCAUUUUGCCAGAGAUUUUGUAUUUUGUACUUGGUUUUAGCUGUGGUCCCAGUUUCUUAUACAAAUGACCUAAAAUUACUAAAAUUGCUUUGAGAGGUUUAAUUGUAAUCAAAACCUUAGCAAAUUAUAAAUUUUCUGAAAGAUAAAUGAACUGGCUACAACAUUUAGAUUUGUGUUUUAAGUGUAUCUAUAAAAAUUAAUGAUGUUAUGAGCACUUAAAAGCAAGAAAUUAUUUCGAUUUUUAUUUUCCUCAGCACUCCAAGGUCAAGGACACUGAGCAAAAAAAUUUUACGGGGUGGGCAAUAUAGCCAACUUUAUUCCCAUCCAUUUACCUUUCUAAAAAUAUAUAAUUAUUGGGGUCUUGCAUCAAUAUUUCUAUGUCACUUAAUGCAAUUUCAAAAGGCACUCAAAAAGCUCUGAAAAGCUCUACACUACAGAAUGAUGCAUGCCACAGUUGGAGGGUUAAUCAUUUGUGAUUUUUGUUUUGUCAAAUUCAGAUGAAGUGCGUACACUAAUGGGGACGGAUGCUGUACGAAAAGGAGUGGCUAGGGUCUUUCAAAUGUUUCAACACAAGACUCUGAAUAAGCGUAUCUUGUAUGUUGUGCUGGAGGGGGUAUUAGUGACACUUUUCCCAGACAACAAAUUCCAGACAAUAUUCCGAACGCUGCACUCGAGGUCUACAAGGGUAGAAAAAGUUGAUGGUAAUAAGCAAACUCCCUCCAACCAUGAGUCUCAGCUGCGUAAGAGGCAAUCAAAACGGUGACCUUGGAUAAAUGUGGUGUCAUUUUGUUUAUCAGCGUGUAUUAAAAACGUUAUCAAAAAUUUGUUUUAAAACUUUCCUCUGCUGAACCUAAGUCUGUGUAAAUAUUUUGUUUCUUAUACAAUUUCUAAUUAAUGCAAAUUAUGUUAUUCUGUAGUUUCCGAAAUGAGUUGCAAGAUAAGCUUGAUAAUUUAUGAUUGAUAUUAAAAAUUAUAGGUAAGGAGGUGGUGGACCAGAUUCUUAACCCCCCCCCCACUCUCUUGCACUGACACACUGAAGAUUUGUUUUUCUAUAUUUUCUCCCAUGUUCAAACUUCAAUAGGUUUUUAUAUCUUUGGUGGUUUGGAUUCUGAAAGAUUUUUAUCUUCAUCCAAGUAUGUUUAGUUUUUUCUUAAGGAGGAAUUAUGGGAAUUAAUACUUUCAUAUUUCUCUGUGGCUCUUUUCAUAUUUUUACAUGUUACAUCAUUGGUACUGUAAAUUACAAUUUGGUGCUCACAUCUUAAGUGUGCUACUGUUUAUUUUAAACACAUUUCAUAAUUCUCUCAGGUUUGAGGUCAACUUUGCUAAAUAUAAAAAAGUUGACAUUUUAUAAGUUCAACCAAAGGAGGCUAGAAAACACUGCUUCAUGGACCAUUUACUUUUAUUUUUUUAAACUUUCUUUAAGUUCUAGAAAUAUAUUUGGUAUUAAUGCAUUUAAAACCUCACUGAUUAUUUUGCGUUUUAAAUGACUAUUCGUUUUUUGAAGAUGUCACAUUCAACUCAAAUGCGGAGAUAGGGAUGUAAGAUUUACUCAGAAGUUACAAUUAGUGAAAAACUUUGUUUUCUUAAAUUGUUUUAUACUAUGAUGAAGUGUAGAAGAGAGUUUGUUAAAAGUUGCAGCAUUGCGUUGAGAAUGAGAUAUUUUAGUUUUGGAACAUAACCAAUGCUCUAUUGUAAAAAGCUGGUUACAUUCUUUAGACAAUUGUUAUCUAAAAGGAAUAUUCAUUCUAGUAUGCAAAAAUAAUUUGUUACUUAUUUCUUUAGAAAGAUGUACCAUAAUUUUCAAAGUAUAACUUGGUUUUUGGGGCAUAGGAUCAUUUUUCAUUGGUUUAAUAUUUAAAUCUUUAUUUUUCCUGACAUAACCUUACACAUAUUCAUGAAUUUUGCAAUUUAUCACUUUAAAUUUUCUCAUUUUAGGCACUUUUUAAAGACAAAUUAUUUUUUUUUAAAUAUUCAGUCAAUAUAUCUAUAUGUAUUUUUACUUAUAAUUCAUGUACUUGUGCAAUAUUUUAAUUUGAAAAUUGCCUAAUGUUUAUAGAUUUUGUAUAAUGAAAAUGGGUUCUCACAUUUCUGGGUCAUUUUUAAGAGUAUUCAAACGAAACAAAUACCACUAUCAACAAGAUGAUAUUGUACCUUUUUUGACUAUUGGAAAAUAUAAUGCAACUUUAUAGGCAUUAAUAAGAUUGUCAUGAAAAUAUUUAACACAGGGAAACUCUCAGUUGUAAAUUUUUUAAGGAAUUUAGUUGAAUUAGUUUCACAUAAGAUUUUUUUUUUCCCAUGCUUUUUCAUAAAUGGGCACUAAAUUUAUGAUUUAGCUCUGGCCGUUAAAAACAAAAUGACCUUUGCAUUUCCUACCAAUAUCAUUACUGUAAUUCUGAUGUUAUUUGAUAUUCACACUAUCACACUAUAUUAAUUUAUUUCAUCAUUGUAAAAGACAUUAAAGAGCUUUCAGAAAAUGCCAGUAU